UGUUGCACCUGACGUAUGAUCAAAGGCAUAUAACUGUAUAAAUGUGCUUAAAUGUUUACAGGUAUAUUGGACGUAUUUAUGCGAAUAACACGAAGAGAAUUAAUAAGAGAUCGAGCGUAAUAAAAAGUUAAUUUAUACCUCUUUUACUUGGUGAUAAAUGAAAGACAUUUAUUUAGGAAGAGGCGAAUAUUUUUUUACGAUGGCCGACAGUUUAGCAAAAGUCUUCACAACCGAAGAUUUUAAUCCAGAAAAAUUUGUUAAAGAUCUUAGCGCACAAUGCAUUGGAGCGGACGAAUUAAGACAACAACGAGCUAAAAUUCAAGAACUUGCAAAUAACACUUCUGCACAAUUAAAACGUAAUGUUUAUCAAAACUAUAUGCAAUUUAUAGAAACUGCUAAGGAAAUAUCACAUUUGGAAAGUGAAAUGUAUCAGUUGUCUCAAUUAUUGAGUGAGCAACGUUCCUUAUUGAGUACAUUAGGAUCUACCAGAACCACUGGUGUUGUUUUUGAAAAUUUAUCAGAGUCUCAAUUAGAAGAUGUUAAUGAUUCCACUGCCAAGGAAGAGGAGCAGAAACAAAAGUUGAUGCAAUUACUUGAAAAUGUAGAAGGUGCUAUGAGCCUGGCAGAAACACCUGGUCGUGUAUGCUUACAUGAAGGUUCUUUGCUAGAAUUGGAUCCUUUGGAAGGGACACCAUUGAAGAGAGUUCAUGCUCAUUUAUUUAAUGACAUUUUGAUGAUUGCCUCUUGGUUAGCAAAUGGCAGUAGACGAGGGCCACCUAGAUAUAAAAUGCAAGCUGUUUAUAAUCUAGAAAGUUUGGCCAUUGUUAAUGUCAGAGACCUUGGAACAGUGAAGUUGGCAUUUAAACUUUUAGCAUUCUCUGAUACGAGAGUAUUCCAGUGUGCAACUGCAACAAGUAAAAAAGAAUGGUUAGAUAAGUGUGAGCAAGCAAAAAGAAUGAAGUUGGUCGAAGAUAAUCCGACUGAUGCGUCGGAUAAUGCUAAACGGUCGAAAGAGGAGAAGACGACGGUACCCUCUCGAUCGAUGUCACUUGACUCAAACACCCUCGGUAUAGACGAUGAAGAUACGGAAUAUCACGAACCUCCACCGGAGUGGAUGCUAGAAGUGGCAGAAGAUUUGGAUUCUUGUAUAGCACAGCGUCAUUUCGAGGAAGCAUACAGCCUCUUAGAGAAAGCGAAAGCCUAUUUGAAGGACGCGCAAUCUACGACACUUUUGCUCGAAAUUCAAUUGAAGGUAAACGACAGAGGCAGAUCGUUGGUUGAUGUUUUAACAAAGGAACUUGAAUUAAGCGCGGAAGCAAAGUCGCUUCAAGGUGGUGGUCUGAGGAGCGCGCGUCGUGUCGUAAGAUUAUUGAUACAGUUAAACAGAAGCGCCCAAGCAUGCCAAUUGUACUUACGAUUGUGCAGUGCUGUACUAAAAGCUCGUUUGGAAAGAGUUAAAAGAGAAGGUGCUAUCGCACCGUACGUGAAGCAACUUAGCGCGAUCACUUUCAGUAACAUUGUUGAAAUCACGAAAGAGUUCUUAAAAAUUUUCCCAAAAUCGACAAAUUGCACGUCUGGCCUGGUCGUUUGGUGUAGUCAAGAGGUAAAACACUUAACGACAUAUUUAGCUAAACAACUCUUUACUCCACAAGUGUCUCUAAGUACAUUAGUAGAAUGUAUAGUUUCUGUUCGAAGUCACUGUGAUCAGUUAACGCAAUUAGGAAUGGACUUUCGUUAUCAAUUGGAUGGUCAGCUCAGGCUUCCGUUAGUGAAAGCUAUAAAAGAUACAGGCGACAAAUGCAUCGACACCGUGAAAGGGCAUAUAGCCGAAGACACCUGGCGGCCGACCAAUUUAGAAACUAGUAAAAACAUUGAAAAAUUGCAAUCGGAACUGGAUGAUCUUGGAAUAGCUGUUCCAUCAUCUUACGUGACGAAUGAUUGUUGGAUAGCAUUGACCGAUAAUACUUUGGCCUUUUCAAGAAUUUAUGUAAAUCUAUUAGAAGACUGUCUCAGCGUUGCUACACCAGAAUUAAUGGCUCUAAUAGACGGAGUUUUAGUAUCGGUGAUGCGUACUCAAGUACAGCACGUACUCGCGUCGCUUAGAAACCCGAAAUUAAAGCAGGAGAAACGCCUGGUGCACGAUAAUGCAUUGUAUAUUCGGGACGUCGUAAUCGUGCGGGGGCUGGAACUGUAUAAAUCAGCGACAAAUCAAAUUUUUGAAGACUUAUUGACUUUAAAGGAACAAAUCGAGAUUGACUCGUUGUCUCCAACGAAACCAAAACCUACUCCUAGAACUUCUGUACCUAAGUAUUCUACCACGGAAUAUAUUUAAUUAUGAGCCGAAAUACCUCCUCGAUACUACCUAUGUGUAUAUAUAUUAUAUAGGGGUAUAGAAAAGAAUUUGCAAAAGAUAAAGUAGGGUGU